ACAUUUCUUUCUUUUUAAACACGUGUUGUACGUGUGAUGGACUCUUUCAGAGUCCAUUUAAUAUUUACUAGAAAAUAACAACACUACAACUACAAAAUGAGUUUGUACAACUUUAAAAAGAUCGCCGUAGUCCCUACGGCUAAGGACUUCAUAGAUAUAAUUUUGUCAAAAACACAAAGGAAGACUCCUACAGUGGUACACAAGCAUUAUAAAAUAUCCCGGAUACGCGGGUUUUAUAUGAGAAAAGUGAAAUUCACGCAGCAGAACUUCCACGACAGACUGUCCCGUAUUAUUCAGGAAUUCCCAAAGCUGGAUGAUGUGCAUCCGUUCUACGCUGACUUGAUGAACGUACUGUAUGACAAGGACCACUACAAACUGGGUCUGGGCCAGCUCAACACUGCUCGCCAUCUCAUUGACAAUGUAGCGAAGGACUACGUACGCCUUCUCAAGUAUGGCGACUCGCUGUACCGCUGCAAGCAGCUGAAGCGUGCUGCGCUCGGGCGCAUGGCCACCAUCAUGAAGAGACAGCAGGCCAACCUGGCUUAUUUAGAACAGGUGAGACAGCACUUGGCCCGCCUGCCGUCCAUCGACCCGUACACGCGCACCAUCAUCAUCUGCGGCUUCCCCAACGUCGGCAAGUCCAGCUUCAUCAACAAGAUAACUCGAGCGGACGUGGAGGUGCAGCCGUACGCGUUCACGACCAAGAGCCUGUACGUGGGGCACACCGACUACAAGUACCUGAGGUGGCAGGUGAUCGACACCCCCGGCAUCCUGGACCACCCGCUGGAAGAGCGCAACGUGAUAGAGAUGCAGGCGGUGACAGCUCUAGCCCACCUCCGCGCCGCCAUCUUGUAUUUCAUCGAUCCCUCGGAACAGUGCGGACACAGCAUCGAGGAACAGAUAUCUCUCUUCGAGAGCAUAAAGCCACUGUUCAGCAACAAACCCCUGAUCGUGGUGCUGAACAAGAUGGACGUGCUCCGGCCUGAAGACCUCGCCCCGGCCAAGAGGCAGCUCAUCGAAGAGCUGGAGGCCCGCUGUGCCAAGAACCCAGUCAAUGCCGACUCCAACUCCGAGCUCUCAACGGUCCCCGUGAUGCGGACCUCUACUGUGACAGACGAGGGGGUCCAGGAGGUCAAGAUAGAGGCCUGCGAGCGGCUGCUGGGACACAGGGUCACUGAGAAAAUGCGCACUAAGAAGGUGGACGGCAUCCUGAACCGCCUGCACGUGGCCACCCCCUCCCCCCGCGACGGCAAGGCGCGCCCCCCCGUCAUCCCCCCCUCGGUUCUUGCCAAGAAACAGCAGGCGGCAGACAGAGAGGCGAGGAAGAGGAAGCUGGAGAGGGAGAUAGAGGUGGAGGAGGGAGACGACUAUGUUCUGGACUUAAAGAAGAACUACACAGAAAUCGCGGAAGAGGAGCGGCACGACCCCAUCCCGGAGAUGUGGGAGGGCCACAACAUCGCCGACUACAUCGACCCCGACAUCUUCGAGAAACUGGCGGAGUUGGAGCGAGAGGAGGCGCUGAGGGAGGAGGGCGGCAUGUACGCCGUGCCCAAGAUAGAGCUGGAUGAAACUAUGAAGGAGAUUAAACAGUUGGCUGUUCAAAUACGCAACAAGAAGGCGAUUCUCAAAGACGAGUCUCGCAUCAACAAGCAGAGCACGAAGCCCGUCAUGCCGCGGAACACCCGCGCGAGGCAACGGGACCGAUCCACCACCAAGCUCAGAGACGAGAUGGAGAAACUGGGUGUGGACAUGUCCGAGACGAAGGAGGCGCACUUCACCCGCACCCGCUCUCGGUCCCGCUCGCUCUCGGCGCCCGCCACCAAGAGAGCGCGCCAAGACGUGUCCCGCGCGCGCUCCGUGUCCCGGCCCGCCCGCGACGAGCAGGGCGUCAAGGACACGCAGAUGGCGAAACGCGCGAAGAACAUGGCCCACGUGGCCAUCGCGAAGAAAACCAAGAAGAUGGGCCUCAAGGGCGAGGCCGACCGCUUCAUCGGCACCAAGAUGCCCAAACACUUGUUCGCCGGCAAGCGGGGUGUUGGCAAGACCGACAGGCGAUAAUGAACCUUUAUACAUUAGCGUUAGGGUUUAUUUUGAAUUGUAUAGAAAUAUGGAAAAAAAUAUAUUGUUUUUAUGACCCAUCAUAUCAUCUGUUUAACCUUUUCGACGCCGUGUCAAACACAAAAGCUGGCACUCGGACGCCACGGCACCGAAGUGUCAAAACUGAAAUUAAACUUUAUGCAUAUGCACGUAGGUCUAUGUUGCUCUGUGGUCUGUGACCGAUUAAUCGUCUUUGGCGUUGAACCUGUGGUGCGGAUAUAUCGGUCAUUGGCGUCCAAGAGGUUAAGAUUAAUUUUCAAUUAUACCAUAACAUAGAAAGGGGAACGAAAGGCAUUAUUGUAUACCUAAAUGCCAAUGACGACACAUGUGCGUUCACCUAUUAUGUCGAAUUUUAAAAUGUGUUAGUAAUAUGCGUAAAGCCUAAAGACAGACUGUAGGAGUUUUCCUUUAUAUAGUCCGUAUUUUUUAGCAUUAGAAAGAACUUCGCAGAAGUGUGCUUGUGGUUCUAAAUCUGGCACUUUUAGCGGUAACAAUUUGAAUUAUUUUUUAUGUAUUGACCAUGCUACAUUAGAUAAUUCAAUAAUUAUUAAUAAUUAACGAGCCUGAUAAAAACUGCUCGCUUGCUUCUGCGGAGUUCUUUCUAAUGCUAAAAAAAACGAACUAUAGUAGAUUUUUUUUAAAUUGUAUUGAAUACUACAAUUAAAUACCACCAUGUGUUAUGUUACUACGAGUAUUCAAGAGAAAGUGAUAAUUUAUGCAUUAAAAAGUUGUACAAAAUAUGUUUUUCAUUUUAACCUAUUUUGUCCCCUAUAGUUCGUUUUUUUUUAGCAUUAGAAAGAACUCCACGGAAGUAAGUGUGCAGUUUUUAUCAGGCUUACUUUAUUAUUGAAUAUUAUUGAAUUAUCUAAUGACGCAUGGUCAAUACAUAUAAUUUACUUCAAAUUAUUACCGCUAAUAGUGCCGGAUUUGGAACCACAAGCUUACUUCUACGAAGUUCUUUCUAAUGCUAAAAAAAACGGACUGUAGUACAAAUACCUGUAAAAUGAAAAGUUAUUAUAUGAAUAUUAAUUAUC